AUGGCAAACGGGACUUUAAUACAGGAAUUCAUACUGCUAGGGCUGACGGACAACCUUCAGUUUCAAGUUGGCCUCUUUCUCGUCCUGCUUGGGAUUUAUCUUUUGACAUUAAUAGGAAACAUGUUGAUUAUUAUUAUCACAAUGCUGAACGCAGAGCUUUGUAGCCCAAUGUAUUUCUUCCUCCGACAUGUGGCAUGGGUAGAUAUUGGGUAUACAAGUACCACCAUUCCUAAAACACUGGCCAACAUGGCUACUGGCACCAAGAGCAUCUCUUUAGCGGGUUGCUUCAUACAACUAUUUCUUUAUUUGGUCCUGGGUACCACGGAAUUCCUUCUCGUGGCCAUAAUGUCUGUUGAUCGAUACAUAGCCAUCUGUAAUCCUCUUCAUUACCCAACCAUCAUGAAUGAACAAAUCUGCUCAUUAUUGGUACUUUGUUGUUGGGUUGGGGGAGUAUCACUAAUUCUAGUUGUAUGUAUUCCUUUAUUUCUGAUGCCGUUUUGUGGUCCUAACAUCAUGAAUCAUUUCUUUUGUGACAAUGGACCCCUAAUGAAACUGGCAUGUGUUGACACCAGCUUCCUCGAAAUGAUUCAUUUUGUGGCUGCCAUAUUCUCUCUGCUUGGGACCUUAAGUGUCAACAUUGUGUCUUACGUCAAAAUCAUUUCCACCAUUCUGCGCAUCCCAUCCGCUACAGGGAGGAAGAAAACCUUCUCCACAUGUGCUUCUCACAUGACCGUGGUUACCACCGGUUAUAGCAGUUGCAUUUUCAUGUACAUCAAGCCAAAGGGCACCAGCGGAUUAGAAUACAACAAAAUGGUGGCUCUUCUGAAUACAGUUGUUAGUCCUCUUCUGGUCCCCAUCAUAUACUGUUUGAGGAACAAACAAGUGCAAGAUGCUUUGAGGACCGAACUGAGACAAUGGAUUGGGUUUUACAAGAAAUUGAGGUGA